GUCGCUGUCCUUGGGGGUUUGGACAAUGGCGGUUUGCGUGGGGUGUCUCAUUUUGGAGAGCAGUCGCUGUGGUGGUGAGAGAUGACUGGAUGGUUGUGUCCGGAUUUACGGUGAGGUAUUAAAGGUGCUAGGUAGGAGAUGAGGACGAGGAGUUAGGGCUAAUCCCCAGGAUCGUCAUCCACUCGGAGGUUUUGUAGCACAGCGUCUCCGAAUGAUCGGCUUUUCCUGCGUACCUUUUAUGACCGAAGGCCGGAGUAUCUUCCGGAGCUGGAUUGGACUCACAAAACGAGGCUGUGGCGCGUCGAUCAUGCACGUCCUGCUGAUUUCCCACAUAAAGGGAGGCCACCCCGCCACGAGUCUCAUUCCGUUCGUACCACAUCCCCCCCUGCUGGGUACCGCAUCAUCGACGCGAUGUUUCUCUACUCCGGAAUCGCCCUGGGCCUCGUGCUGGCCGUCAUCUUCAGGCAGUUCAAACCACAUGGAGGAUCUGCCCAGCGCCGCAGCAACAUCAUCAAGUUCCGCCUCGGCCCCAAGAAGAUCUACAUGGUCUCGGGCGAGAAGAACAUCCAAGCCAUCAACACCCCCUCGCAUAGCAUCAGCCCGGAGGUCUUCUUCCUCGACGUGAUGGCCAACGUCUGGGGCGCCAAACCCGCUGAGCUGGUGAAAUUCCGCCAGGACAAGUCCGGCCGCCGCAAGAACCCCAUCCCCGGCCACGAGCUCCCUCCCGGCGAGCCGCGGCUCUGGCACGGCCAGCACCACAUCUACUCGGAGUUCCUGCAGCGCACCGACCGGGCCAACUUCCUGACCACCAAGUACUUCGACCUGUUCUCUGACAGACUCGUCCAGCAGCCCCUGAACGAGUGGCGCGAGGUCCGGCUGUGCGAGUUCUUCGAGAGCGAGAUGGCCGAGGCCGCCCUGGAGGCGCUGAUGGGCCCGCGCCUCGUCGAGCUCAACCCGGGCUUCUGGCCGAUGAUGUGGGAGUUUGCGCGCAUCGCGCCGCAGCUGAUGUGGGGGCUGCCGCGGUGGAUGAACCCGGGCCCGUGGAAGACGCAGGCGGACUUUCAGGCGAUGUGUCGCCGGUACAUCGAUGCUGCAGCCAAAGCGUUCGACCCGACGGGCCCCGAGGCAGACGCGGAGUGGGAGCCGCAGUACGGCUCGCGGAUGGCGCGCGAGCUGGUCAAGUGGGCGACGGAGAAUCUGUCGCCGGAGACGACGGCGGGCAUGGUGGCCACCUUCAUCUUCGGGACCAACGCCAACUCCGUCCCCAUGUCCACCUGGGCCCUGAUGCAUCUGGUCGCCGACCCGGCGCUGUACCGCGCGGUGCGCGACGAGUGUCUGGCCGCCAGCACGACCGACCCCGUCACCGGCCGGCGCGGCUUCGACCCCCAGAAGCUGUUCGGCAUGCCCCUGCUGCAGUCCGUGUACAUCGAGACCCUGCGCCUGCAUGUGUCGAUCAAUGUCACCCGCGAGGUCACCCAGCCCAUCACCCUGGACGGGUUCCUCUUGACGCCGGGGUCGUUGAUCCAGGCCCCGAGCCAGAUCGGCCAGUACAACGAGGGGGUGUGGAGUGCGCCGGGCCAUCCGGCCUCGGAGUUCUGGGGCUAUCGCAACCUCAAGCGUGAGAGUGAGAAGCCGGAAUUUACCAUGACGGGCAAGACGAGCUCGUUCUUUCCGUUUGGCGGCGGACCGUCCAUCUGUCCCGGUCGGGUGUUCGCCAAACAGGAGAUUCUGAUGACGAUCGCGGCUCUCGUGACUCGUUUUGAGAUCGAACUGAUCGACUGGAUUCAUCCGGAUGGAACCAGGUCGGAUCGACCGGCGCAGAACGAUCAGUCGCUCAUCGGGGCCGUGGGGAUUCCGCCGGAUCGGGAUAUGAAGGUGAGGUGGAAGCGGCUGUGGUAGGGGGGUUGGGGAUAGACAUAUGCCAGAUUUUGAAGUAGCUGAGAUAUAGAAGUGCUUUCUCUGUGUAUAGGUUCAUCCUAAGAAGACCACUUGUGGUUGUCUGUGAUGAUGUGCACGAUGUGGGCUGCGGUGCUCGCUUGCUUUGUGCUGUACAUAAAGCACUUUGUGAGGACUGAUCUACAACAAGGCAAGAUGGCCGAGCGGUCUAAGGCGCUGCACUCAAGGACUAUUCCUUCUCCAGAUUACAUCUGAAGAGCAUUGCAGUCACGCAAGUGGCGUGGGUUCGAAUCCCACUCUUGUCAUCUCUUUUUGUGGGUUCUGUGCACAGUCUCUUCAACACUGUAGCCAAAAGAGACUAGCGUGUUCUCUAC